AUGAGAUAUAGACUUUUCCCUCCCUUAACAUUUUUAUCCUACUUAAGAAAACUACACGUGUAUUAUUCCCCUAUACGAAAUGAGAAAGCGGAUGUCGCUAGGAGACUAAUUAUUUUCGCGUCUUCCCAAAAAAUGAAACAAAAGUAUCCUCUAUUAACUGUAACAUGGGAACUAUUAGCGUAUGAUAACCCACCGAUGAUAGAAGUUGAGUACUUAAAUGGAGACACAGAAAAGAUAAACAUAGAAUACUUCAGCGAUAGGCAAAAGAAAGAAAUAUUGGACAAAUGGAAAUACACGGCAUCAUUGGAACCCUUUCCAGAGGUUCUGGCCCCCACGCUUGAGAAGCCAAAAGACGACAUUUAG